CGCACUUCUCUAGAGCUAGCCGUUCGAAGCUUGGCUUUUGCAGUGGCAGCACUCUGCGUUUCCUCCCUCGUCUGCUCCAUCAGUCUUCAAAAUUCAGUGUUAAUCAGGUCGAAGGCUCCAUGUGACUCCUCCUUUCAGCUCUGGAGGUGCUAGGUGGACGCUUGCUAGCAGUCAGCGUCAGCUUCCUCAGUUUGCGCUGCUGAGUAUUCUUCCCUGUUGAGACGCUGGAAGUCCGUCUGGUUUUGCGGCACGUUCUUUUUGGGGCUUUUGAGUUUGAGAGCACUGCGCCUCAGAGGAACUCCCGCUUCUCUCUAGUCAGGAGACCCUAUUUCGCCGGCCGCUUCACGAAUGGCAAUGCGCAUCAGGAUACCACAUACUGCUCGUAUAGCCUCCAGUCACAUAUAGGCCCUGCUUUUGGGAGCUUUUGUGAGGCAGCAAAAAGACCACUUGCAGAUAGCGUCAAUCACAUGUGAUUGGUAGCUGUCCUUUUGAUAGAUUCCAGCCACACGACAGAGGAUGGCAACAGGGGAUGUGCAGGGCAAUGUCGACCGUCUCCGUCUGGAACUACGAUCUGUUCGCUACAAUGAAGAAAUAGACGUGCAAGGGCUACGAGACGGGAAUCCAGCUGCCUUUCUUCCCCUGCUCCACUAUUGCUUCCUGGGGUACUCAAGACUGCUUGCAAGGCACCUGUCUGGUCUCGGCCAUGAGCUCUAUGCCAAGAGUGAUCUGCGUUUUGUAGAAAGCGUUUUCAAGAUUCUGCGGGACGAGUUUGCUUACCGCUCCACCCUCACUAUCGCUCAGUUUCUGUCAAGAGGCUUCGCUGAAAGAAAGCUCAUUCUGUUGUACGACAUUGUCCAGUUCUGCAAAAGGAAGCACAACGAGCUGUGGAAGGAAAGCCAACCAGCCAAGGUGCUCAAGGUUCACAAGACUCCUCCUGCCGAGGAGCGUGAGGCUAACGUGAGAGUGGUCCGAGAAACCCCCCCUGCACCACCUGCUUCGACAUCAAACCAAGCAACGUCUUCGGGCCGAGAUGCAACCGCCAGGAAUGGAACCUCCGAGCCAGGCGCAGACAUUGGGACUACAAGCAAGGUCGCAGCUCUCGCCGCCCGCUUCCGGAGCCCCACCGAGCCACCCCCCCUCCCUCAGGCGCUCCAAAAGCAGCGGCGAAGAGUCUCACACCCAACUAAUAAUCCACCCCCCGCCGUCGCCUCCUCUAGCCGGCCCCACAACCCCAUGCUAAGGCCGCAAACCGCCACUCCCUCCGAUCACCGACCGAUGCCUCAGGCCGCGAGCGCAAGACCGCAGACCUCCUUUGCUGACGUCAACCGGGUUCAGAUUGAUGCAUCCAGCCGGCCCAUGAGCGAGAUCCUGCGCCAUUCCGGGGGGGUCGCCAGCGGGGCCGAUCGGCCCCCCCUCCCAGAGGACGACCGAACUAGAGCGGAGAGGAUAGCGGAGAGCGGAGGUCCGUCCGAGCGGAGGGUUCAGUGGGCGGACCGCGAGAAUUCUUUGGUUGACAAUUUGGACGCAAAUGACUUUAGCGACGGGGAUGCGGACAGGAAAGAGAUGAGCGGAGUGGAGCCGGAGCAGCUGCUCGCGGCUCUGCAGAGGCAGCUGGACGCGUCCGGAAACCUGGUCGAUGCUGGGCGUCGAUUCGGGCAGGACGACGUCGGCAGGGCAAGCUUCUCGUCCGACGAGGAUGGGCCGCUCUCGUCCAGGCGUUUGCAAGAGUUCGCCGCAAAGAACGAAGAGCAGGUUGAGGAACUGCGAUCGACUGUACGCUCGUUGGAGGAGAAGUACGACAAAAUGGAGCAAGAGGCGGUCAAGGUGAAGGAGAACCUGCAGGCAAGGAUCACGCUCCUCGAGGGCCGGAUCCGUUUCCUCGAAGCUGCACAAGACAAAAAAGGCAAAGGAGCGUUAACAGCCGCCUCGCCGCAAAGAGCAGGCCCGUCAACUGCAAGCACGUCGUACACAGGACGGUUCUUAGGCGCCAGCCCCGUCCGCCAGACGUCCCUGCCGAAGCGAGCCACGUCUCAGGGGCAGCCAGCUGCAGUGAUCCCACAGAGGAGCAUACGUGACGUCACCAACACGGAGAGUGUUCCUCCAGCGCAAGUGCACGGCCCGAAGACAGUAGAAACGUCGCCAAUAAAGGCAAAUCGCGGCACAAAAGACUUCAUUGAGAAGAUGAGAGCACGCUUUGAAGCUACGCAGAAGUUACUGCAAGAAAGCGAUGGGUUGGCUGCUUGACGCGCUUCAUUCAUUUGUGUUGGUUCUUGAUUAGCAAUUGAUUUGCAUAUCGGGAGCGCUUCCUCGCUGACUCACUUGCGAACCUUGGCCCUUAAACGAUUGCAUGGUUAUGAACGGAAGUGUACCGAGUUAUGGAAGCCUUUCCUUUGUGUCGAAGCUUCUCGGCUUAAGUGCUCGAGGUUUGAGAGUCUCCAAUGAAGGUACACCGAGAAGAGAGGUUUGGCUUACCUUUAAACGAACCUCGGCCCUAGCGAAGGAUCGAAAUGCUGCAUGUC